CGGUCGCGGGGCUGAUGACAUAAAAGCCGGGCUCCGGGAAACGCCGGUACCAGUCGUGCUGCCGAGGCUCAGGGAUGGCGUGUCGCGGGCGGAGACCGGAGCACGGCGGGCCCCCGGAGCUGUUUUACGACAAGAAUGAAGCCCGGAAAUACGUGCGCAACUCACGGAUGAUUGAUGUCCAGACCAAGAUGGCUAGGCGAGCACUGGAGCUCCUUUAUCUGCCCGAGGAUCGGCCCUGUUACCUGUUGGAUAUUGGCUGUGGUUCUGGGCUGAGUGGAGAUUAUCUCUCGUAUGAAGGGCACUACUGGGUGGGCAUUGACAUCAGCCCUGCCAUGCUGGAUGCGGCUUUGGACCGAGAGAUAGAGGGAGACCUGCUUCUGGGGGACAUGGGCCAGGGCCUCCCCUUCAAACCAGGCUCCUUUGAUGGUUGUAUCAGCAUUUCUGCUGUGCAGUGGCUCUGUAAUGCUAACAAGACAUCUGACAUCCCUGCCAAGCGCCUGUACUGCUUUUUUUCUUCUCUUUAUUCUGUGCUGGUUCGUGGAUCCCGAGCAGUCCUGCAGCUGUACCCUGAGAACUCAGAACAGUUGGAGCUGAUCACCACCCAGGCCACCAGGGCUGGCUUUACUGGAGGUGUGGUGGUGGACUACCCCAACAGUACCAAAGCAAAGAAGUUCUACCUCUGUUUGUUUUCGGGACCUUCGACCUUUGUGCCAAAGGGCCUGAACGGAAAUGUGGAGGAAGAGGAGGCCGGGGAGUCCAGGUUCACGAGUGGGAGGAUCCCAUACCGGAUUGCGCGGCGGGGAGUGGUGAGGAAGAGCCGAGAGUGGGUGCUGGAGAAGAAGGAGCGCCGCAGGCGUCAGGGCAAGGAGGUAAGACCUGACACCCAGUACACCGGCCGCAAGCGCAAGCCCCGCUUCUGAGCGGCUGCUUGGUCCGCACACCCGCGAGCUGUGCCGUCAGCCCAGGCACUCGCCUCCACCAAGUUUUCUACAUUGAACUGCCUACUUCAGCUGACAACAUAGUGUUUUAGAAAAGUUCUAAAGUUCUAAAAGUUAUUUUUUUCACUAAAAAAUGUUCUGAGAGCAUCUUAUUUUGUUCUAAAAGCAAUAAACCACUUUCUGUGGCA